AUGAAUUUAAACGCGAUAGUCAAAACAACCGCAUGUCCUGGAUGGCUUGGAAACAUUGUUCGCCGCAUGUCUCAACAUGCGUUCAAUUUACAGUCAAUUAAUUAUAAUGCAGAUUAUUUAUUGAAUCCUUCGAAUAUUUCCGAAAUAGAAACGAACAUAAAGCAACGGAAAGGAAUCGGAGAUAUUCGUUUAGUACACAGCAUCAAUGAGCGGCUUACGAAGGGAGUGCACCAUACCGAAAAAGAAAGCAGCAUCCUUAGAGCGCAACUUCAAGCAGAGCUGGAAAAAAUUCCAAACCAUACUCAUCCAGACGUGGCGCAUUAUGGAACUGAACCAAAGGUUGUUCAGCGAUUUAACGAACAGCUUAAACAGACCGAUCGAAAGUUUUAUCCAUUCGACGAUAUCUGCAAGAAAAUGAAUCUUUUUCGGAUGGAAAACCUAGGAAACUUCACCGGACACCGCUCGUAUUACUUAACCGACGAGCUAGCGGAAUUCGAACAUGCACUCAUCAACCAUACGGUGGCGAGCUUACGACGACGAAACUUCGAACUCAUCACCGUGCCAGAUAUUCUUCCCGGGCACAUCAUCGAAAGUUGCGGGAUGAGCGUUCAUGGCGAUCGCAAUCAGGUGUACAAACUGAACGGCGAUAAUCGCGAAUCGCUUUGCCUCUCCGGCACGUCCGAAAUGGCUUUGGCGGGUUACUACGCCGGUCGGACACUGCCAGCUAAGCUGCUUCCCCGCAAACUCAUGGCCGUUAGCCGGUGCUAUCGGGCGGAAACAUCCGCUCUGCUCGAGGAGAAAGGCAUCUAUCGGGUGCAUCAGUUCACAAAGGUCGAAAUGUUCGCCGUGUGCCGACCGGACCAGUCGGAGGCCAUGCUGGAGGAGUUCCGUGACAUCGAGGUCAGCCUUUUCGACGGACUGGGGCUGCAUUUCCUACUGCUAGACAUGCCACCAUGCGAGCUAGGCGCACCAGCCUACCGGAAGUAUGACAUUGAAGCGUGGAUGCCAGGGCGUGGGAUGUACGGCGAAAUAUCAAGCUGCAGCGACUGCACGGACUACCAAGCCCGGCGGCUCGGCAUCCGCGUGGAAACCACCCCGGGGCAGGAUACGUACGCCCAUACUGUUAACGGCACCGCUUGCGCCAUCCCGCGGAUGUUGAUCGCAAUAUUGGAAAACUUCCAAAACGAAGACUUUACCAUAACCGUGCCGGAGGUGCUUCGGUGGUAUAUGAGCGGGAAACAGUUCCUCCGUCGGCGGAAGGUGCUGCCAGAGCUGAAGUUGACUAAACGCUUGCAGCAGCAGGAAAUAACGUGAAUGGAAGGCGAGCAGAGCAUGUUAUCGACUUGCGUAUAAGCUCUUGUGUAGGUGUUCGACGCGAUAGGAACAGCUAUAGAAACUGUUUUACUGCCGAUAGGCUGCAACGCAUUAUAAUAGUAAUUGUAGCAAUAAUAAUAAGAAUAAUA